AUGGCUCAAGAAACGCUAGCAGAAAAGAUGGCCACUUACGCCGCCCGGCGAGCCGCUAGAGGACUACCCCCCAAACCGUUUCCUGGAUUCCCUGGAGGUCCAUUACCAGCAGCACCAGCAUCAUCAUCAUCGCCGGCCCCAGCAAUACCACCACGACCCUUCCACCGAACGCGAACUGCUAUCCUCGCCAUGGUCUGCGGCGCCGUCAUCUUUACUGGAUCUAUUUACGGAGCUGGAUUGAAACUGCAACGAGAGUGGAAGACUGAAAAGAAAAAGAUCAUAGAAGCCCCAGUGGAGGAUAAAGUCGCCAUCCUUGAAACCCAAAAGGUCGACCGCCUCCGCCAGCGCGUUGAGGUGCAGAAGAAGCUGGCUCGUCUACGUGCCCGGAUGGCAUACAACGCCGUGAAGGCUGCGGAGGCAGCCGAUGCGAUUGAGUAUGGAGAGGACGAGGACGAGGAGACGAGGAAGAAGCGAAAGGAAGCAGUGAUUGCGAAGGCCAAGGCGGCCGCGGUGGCUGCCGGGAAUGGUGAAAUGAAGGGGGAGUUCAGUUGGGAGGACAGGAAGUUGAAGAAAACGGGUAUGUUCAUAAAUUGGGCAUCGUGA